CGUGAAGGUUAGGCGGGUUCUCGCUCUUGGACUGAAAGCAUAAACUUUCAAUUUUUUUAAAAGUUUUUCUGGAUUUUUAAAAAUUCUCUUUUAUAAUCAACGAUGGACAGGCAGCUUGUAUGGGGAAAGCUGUUUCUGAUACUCACAGUGCUGUCCUGCUGCAAGAGUAUUCAGGUGUCCAUUCCAAAAAAUGAAUAUGAGGCUGAAAAAGGAGGCAGCAUUGACUUGACCUGCUCCUGGGUCCCUGCAAGUCCCUCAUUGACCGACUAUGUACUCACAUGGGAAGCCUUCCCAGAAAUUAGUGGAGACCCAAUGAAACGUGUGGCUACUGCAUGGUAUGGCAAACCGGUUGAAAUUUCCCCAGCUUAUGAAGGCAGAGCAUCCUUGGACGUUGACCCUAACACUCGAGUGAGCACACUGCAUUUAACACAGCUCACCAUGCAGGAAAACCGCCAUUUCCAGUGCAGUGUCCUUAUAUAUGGUGACGAUGAUGGAACAACUCGUACCACCACCUCCCUUGUGGUCCUGGUCCCUCCCUCUCCACCAAUCUGCAAGCUUCAGGGAAGUGCAGAAUAUUUUCAAAAUGUUACACUCACCUGUUUGUCUGAGGAGGCAUCCCCAGCACCCACCUACGACUGGAAGAGCUUUAGCGUCGACAACAGUCCCAGACAAUUUCCACCUAAAGCAACUCAAAAGGAUGGAGUCCUAUCUCUCUUCAAUAUAACAAGGGAGACAUCUGGGUACUAUAUUUGCACAUCACAAAAUCGAAUUGGUUCUGCCAGCUGCAACUUUACUUUGGCUGUGAUGCCUGCCAGCAUGAAAAUUGGGUCCACAGCAGCUAUAAUAGGAGGAGUCCUCGCAGGGCUCCUGGUGGUGGGGAUUCUCAUCUUCUGUCUUUGUCGGAGAAGGAGCAAGAAGAAUAAAUAUCCUGAGGGUUCCCCUGAAGAAAUGAGGUAUUACGACCAAGAUGCUGCCGAAGGUGAAGAACCAUACUCAGACAACAAGUCAAACAGCGAGAAGAAACAGGCCAGCCAGAAUGAGGAUAAUGAUGUGGCACCUCAAAAUAUUUCCAGAGUCGAAGAAGUUGUGCAGAAGUUUGCAGAUGAUCAGUACAGUUACAAUAGCAGCAAAGAAAGGUAUGAAGGCAAGGGCAGUGAUAUAGACUCUCACCGGUACCAGGACGACCAGCGUGACCAUUAUGGUGGUAACCGGGAUCGUCUUGAUGAUCAACGCGAACGUUACGGUGGUAGUAGAGAUCGCCUCGAGGAUCAACGUAAUCGUUACGGUGGUAGUCGAGAUCGCCUCGAUGAACAGUGCGAUCGUUACGGUGGUAGCCGGGAUCGCCUUGAUGAUCACCGCGAACGUUACGGUGGUAGCCGGGAUCGCCUUGAUGAUCAACGUGAACGCUAUGGUGGAAGUCGUGAUCGCCUUGAUGAUCAACGUGAACGCUAUGGUGGAAGUCGCGAUCGCCUUGAUGAUCGCCGUGACAAUUAUCGCGGUAGCCGAGAUCGCCUUGACGAUUACAGUCGACAUGACCGCGGUGAUCGCUAUGGUGGUAGCCGAGAUCGACUUGAUUACAGUGACAGAAACCAGUAAAAAUCUUUUACUGCUUAAGUGAAACCUGCAAAAUGAAUUUAUGUCUUUUGCCUUGUCCCCCUCCCCUCAGCCCCAGCUGGUUUCUUCCUAUUAGAAGGGAGUUUUUCCUUCCCACUGUCGCUAAAGUCCUUUUUCAUAGGGGGUAAUCUGAUUGUUGGAUUUUCUCUUUAUUAUUGUAAGGUCUUUACCCUACAAUGUUAAGCGCCUUGAGAAGACUGUUGUUGUGAUUUGGUGAAAUUUCAAUAAAAUAAAACUGAAUUGAAUGCAUCAUGAGAAAAUAGAAAUAGCAACCUGGAAAGCUCACAAAACAUGUACAAACUCCAAAACACGUACAAACUCCGAAGCACGUACAAAUUCUAAAGCACGUACAAAUUCCGAAGAAUGUGGAAACUCCAAAGCAUGCACAAACUCCAAAACAAAUGCAAACUCCAAAACACAACGGAAGUGCUCCAGGACGCUAGGGGCAGUGUUAAGCAAAGCACACUGACUGUUAGCUAACGUCAGAUUUGACUCCACCAUAAACCAAGCAUUCAUAGUAAUUAAAAAGAAAUCAAACAAACAACAGUUCGCACAUUACCUUUCCUAUAAAGCGUGGUUGUUCUAUUCUUGCAGGUGUGUUUAUCCUAUCCAACUCCAUGUGUUUGCAACAAACUUGCCGUUUAUUUUGCAAAUCAAGCUCAACACUGCCCCUAGCAUCCUGGAGCACUU